GGCUCCGAGCUGUGAGCACAGAGCCCGACACGGGGCUCCAACUCAAGAUCAUGACCUAGGUCGAAGUCGGACGCCCAACGGACGGACAGAGCCACCUAGGCACCCCCAGUGGUUGGGUUCUUAACUGAGCCUGGGACCCUGCAGACUGGGUCUUGGCAUAAGUGUCACCCUCUGCUAAGGUUUUCCCAGGCUCCGUGACACACCCUCCCCCCUCCAGAGCGCUCCCCACCAUACGACCCGCCGUGUAUUUUACUCAGUUAAUAUUGUUGAUCGUGUAUCUCUCUCACAAUGGCUUCGUAGACAGGCAGGGCUGUUGCUGUGUUCACAGCUGGGCCCCAGAACUGUGUUCGGUACACAGUAGGUGCUUCCUGAGUGAAUGAGGGGAUGUCAGAAUUAAGGUGUUAAAAUCAGGAGCAGAAUCAUAAAAUGUUAGACGAUGAGCCCCAAGCCAAUGCAUAAGCACCCGGAACUCAGCUGGGGAGGUGGAGGGGCAGGGAAGCCAGCCUCUCCCCCUGGAGUUUCCGGGGACGGGGGGGGGGGACCCCAGGACUAGACGUCACCAGGGGCCCUGUCCCACAGCCUCCUCAGUGUUCCAGGUCAUCUGACGCCAUGGGCACCCGAUGCCUCCUCGUUCUGCUUCUUGUCCUUCUGGUAUUGAGAUGCGCUCUCCUAAGGCACCCUCCCUCUGCAGAUGUCCAGGGGGACGACAUGGCCCGGCAAGAUGAAGCCACGGGCCCCACCCUGCUCUCCCAGAUGCAGGAAUCACUCUACAGCUACUGGGGCUCAGCCAAAGCGGCCGCCCAGGACCUAUACGAGAAGACAUAUCUGACCGCUGUGGAUGAGAAAAUCAGGGACAUGUACAGCACAAGCACAGCAGCUGUGAGAAUUUACACAGGGAUUCUCACUGACCAGAUACUUUCUAUGCUGUCGGGAGACUCAUAGCAGCUGGGCCCCGACCGUGGGGGAGGGGAGAGCCCAGACCCCAGGACUCCUCGGCUCCCGCGACCUACCCCUCACUUCUUAGCAGCUCUCGGCAUCCUGUUCCCAAUGCUAGCCUGACUUCUUAUAAAUAAAUUAAAAAAAAAAAAACAUUUAUUUUCUUCCAU